AUGGCCUGGGAGGACACAUACCUGCUAUCCCCCAUCCUGGUGGUGCUCCUGGGCUCAGGCUUUUGCACAGAGGAUGAAAAGUUAUUUCAAGCAGUGGAGGGCCAGACCUUUUCUGUGAAAUGCCAGUAUUAUCACAGCGACCACAUCAACGGGAAGGUGUGGUGUCAGAAAACAUCAACAGAACGUUGUAAAGUGUUAGUGUCCAGUCUCAGCACAGAUACUCGGCGGCGAAAAUUCUCCAUCCGGGACCAUCCUGACUCUCUCUUCUUCACUGUCACCAUGACUGCACUCACGGAUGAUGCCAAGGCCAAGGUCCACAUCACCAUGGUGGCCCUCAGAGUCCAGGAUUCUGGUGGAUAUUGGUGCAUGUGGAACAUGGCUGGGAAUGUCAACCUAUUGGUGGGUUUCUGGCUGAAAGUGUAUCCAGCCCUCACAACUGAGAGAAACCUUCGCACACAUCUAACCAACACCCUUGAGAGUGGAUUUGUCACAACGGGCCAGGUCCCCAUUUCAGGCCCUCAUGUGCCCUUCACCCAUGACGUGACUGUCUUCACAUCUGGACUCCUCACCUUGGCUUCAGGGACCACGGAGCCAACCCCUGUGACAAGCCACAGUUUCACCAAUUCCAGUGGCACCAUCACAGAGCGCGGGAGGAGCACAAAGAACCAGCCAGUGACCAUGUCUCCUAGCAAUGCAAGACCCUUCUCUGCUGAUCCAGUGACCACCUCCACCGAGUCAAGACACCUGAGCAGCAGCUUGUCCACCACGGGGAUGUACCACCCGUCAACCCCCAAGAGGUCCCAGGAGACUUACCUCACUGUGACGAUGGUAGUCCUGACAUUCCUUUUGACGCCUGUGGUGUGUUAUGGCUUUUGGGAGAAGAGGCACAUGGGAAGCUACAGCUUGGGCAGUGACUCUGCUAAACCCUGGAUAUAUCUUCCUGAAGGACCAGAGACACUGUGGAAACCUGCUUGGUAUAAGAUAACUCAGUGA